GACAAUAGUUCCAGACGGUCGCUCAGUCGCUUUUUGAGACUCUUACGCUGAAGGCGGUGUAACGCGCUUGUGGUUUUCAGCACUGCACUAGUUGUUGUUGUACUGAAAUUUAGUUGUUGUUGUACUCAAAUUUAGUUGUUGUUAUAUUCAAAUUAAGUUGUUGUUGUACUCAUUUAUAAAGUACCGCGAACAUAACUCCGAAGUUGUAACAACAAGACGGUGGCGGCGGCGCUAAUAAUCAAUUGGAUUCAUAUAUUGGUAAGAGAAAUGCUGCGCGCAUGAGUUAAUCAGAAGUUCACAGUUUGCACAAAAACACCGAAACAACAAACAUAAAGCGACGAAUUGCUCAACAUUUUCUGGUUUAUAGCGCAAUUAUAAAAUCAGCGUUACUUGUGCAAAUUAAUUAAAUCGUAAACCGCGUAAAGGGAAGCCACUAAACCGCAAUGGAGGACGUUGUAAAAACCGAAAAAUUCAAUGGACACAAAAUGGAGAUUGCACACCAUGAUCCCACCGAAAUCGUUGAAGCCGAACCACUCUCUUGGAAAUUUUGGAAGAAGCGUCGCUAUGUGGUCGUCUUCUUGGCAUUCCUUGGAUUCUUCAAUGUUUACUCGCUGCGCGUUAACCUUAGCGUCGCGAUCGUGGCAAUGACUGAGAAUCGCACAGUAAUCGACGACGCUGGCAAUGUCUCAUAUGAACAAGAUUUUCCUUGGGAUUCAAAGCAGAAAGGUCUGAUAUUGAGUUCAUUCUUCUAUGGUUACAUAACAACACAGUUCAUUGGUGGUUUUAUUGGCGCCAAAAUUGGUGGCAACAUUGUAUUUGGCUUGGGUAUCGGUACCACCGCUCUGUUGACGCUACUCACACCCUUGGCCGCUAAGCAUAGCUUGGAAAUGUUCCUUUUUGUGCGCAUCAUUGAAGGUGUUUUUGAGGGUGUCACCUUCCCCUGCAUACACGCUGUAUGGUCGCGUUGGUCACCACCUUUGGAGCGUUCGCGUAUGGCCUCCAUUGCAUUUGCUGGUAACUACGCUGGUACCGUUAUAGCUAUGCCUUCUUCGGGUCUCUUAGCGUCGGCUUAUGGCUGGGAGAGCGUCUUCUAUGUAUUCGGCACAAUCGGUUUAAUAUGGUUCCUCGUUUGGAUAUUGGUAGUGCGUUCAGGUCCGGAUCGUGAUCGUUUCUGCUCGGACGAUGAACGUGAAUAUAUUCAAAAGAAAAUCGGUUAUAACGGCAAUAAGGAAAUUAAACAUCCCUGGAAGGCGAUAUUUACCUCGAAACCAUUUUAUGCUAUCAUCGCUUCACAUUUCUCCGAGAAUUGGGGUUUCUACACGCUGCUCACGCAAUUGCCCACAUUUUUAAAAGAUACCCUCAACUUCAAUCUGGAUAAGACUGGCUUUGUUUCUGCUGUGCCGUACCUAGCUAUGGGCAUAUUGCUCGGUGUCUCCGGCUACUUAGCUGAUUGGCUGCAAAUCAAAAAAAUUCUGACGACCACGCAAGUGCGUCGCUACUUCAACUGCGCUGCCUUCCUCGCACAGACCGUCUUCAUGAUUCUCACCGCCUACUUAUUGGAUCCAAUCUGGUCGGUUGUGUGCAUCACUAUUGCUGUCGGUUUGGGUGCCUUCGCGUGGUCUGGUUUCGCUGUCAACCAUCUCGAUAUUGCACCGCAACAUGCCAGCGUUUUGAUGGGCAUCGGUAAUACAUUCGCCACCAUUCCCGGCAUUGUCAGCCCCAUGCUGACCGGCUAUUUAGUCACGAAUCAAACAGCUGAAGAAUGGAAGGCAGUGUUCUUCAUUUCGGCUGGUGUCUAUCUCAUCGGUUGUCUCAUCUAUUGGUUCUGGGCUUCGGGUGAACUGCAAGAAUGGGCGAAGACACCCGAACAAAAGGCGGGAGAGGCUGAGCAGCGUCAACGUAUCGCAUUGGCUAACAGUAAUGGCAAGGAAGGUUAUGUGAAUGCCGCAGCUGAAUUGAAGGAGCAAUAAUCGAUAUUUAUAAACAAACAUACAUAAAUACAUGUAUAUAUAAAUAUAUAAAUACAUAUGUAUGUACAUAUCUAUGUAUACAUACGGAAAAGUUGUGAUACAGCAUGUAAGAAGCAGCGUAGAGGCGAAUAUUGUAGGCGAAUAUUGUAACCCUAUGAAGUUGUCGUGAUGAAUUGAUAUUUAGUUAAACGUAGACAGUUGUUUGUAGUUAUAUGCGUAGUUUAAGUGUAAUUAUGGAAUGAACAAUUCUUAUUUGAGCGACUUUAAAAAUUAAAUAUAUAAAAUACCUAGUAUUCUUAAAAAAACUUA